AUGUCAAUGUUUAGGCCAGCUGGAGAAAUACCAUCAUCCGAGCCGGAGUCUGAAAGUGAGGACGUACAGUCUGAAAAUGGAGCAAACUCGGACCAGCAAACAUCCAUUGAGGAAACAAAACAUGAGACGAAUAUUCAUUCUGGCUACACAAAUGAUCAGUCUGAAUCGGUCAACAUAUCGGAUGGCGGGAGCUCCCUCGAGGACAUAUCUGCAUUGUCGCAAGAUACGCUUGAUGUCAACGUCGAGCGUCAUGCCAAUGUCAUGACAGCUGCCUUGCUCGAAUUUUACUGCCAAAGCCGAGCUGCUGAUAUACUGAACGCGCGCAAGGGCUCCAAUCGUAGUUACACUCGACACAGUCCAGAGGCCAAACAACUAGGAAAGGAACUCUACAAAUACAAGUCAAGAUUCUUGUCUUCCCAUGGCAUCCUGCCUGGAGGGAUAGAGCAGGAGGAACUAGGGAGCACAAGGCAAACAUAUCGUGACAAUCUUGACUUGCUUGGAAUUUCUGCGCUUGAGCAUAUGAAUCUGAAUGAGCCUCCGGUGCGAACCCCCAUUGAGGAUGGACAGCGCAAGGCGUUGGUGCCCAUGUCACGGGCCAAUUCCGGCCUAGGGUUCACCGAAACUACCACACAGUUUUGGCAGGAGGAGAGCAAUAUGCCCCUACCGCCGGUCGGCAAUGUUGAUGAUCUUAGUAGUAUUCCCAUAGGACCGCGGAAUUCGCCUAGCGCAUCAAGACCUCUCUUUGGAAGCUCGCCUGCGAGUAUGCCGCUAUUCAAUAAUCCUUCAAUCCCUCAAUUCAACAGUAUGUCCCGCUACGCGGUCGAAUUUGAGGAGCUGAAGAUCCUUGGUCGCGGUUCGUUCGGCUCCGUUUACCAUGCCAAGAAUCACAUCGAUGGUCAGGAAUAUGCUGUGAAGAAAAUCCCUUUGAGUCAAAGACGCCUUGAACAGUUACAAUUUGGUGGUGAGAACCAACUGGAAACUAUCAUGAAAGAGAUUCGCACUCUGGCUCGCCUCGAGCAUACCAAUAUUGUCCGGUAUUACGGUGCGUGGGUUGAGCAAGCCCACGUUUCGACGAACGUACCUUUCCGAAAAACAACGACUCCUCGAAUUGAACGCUCUGCGGCCAACACAUCCAGCACCGAGUCGAGUGAUGGGCUUAGUUUCGGACCAAACGAACCGAGUUUCCGGUCCAACGAACCGAGCAUGGGGAUUGUUUUUGAGCAUUCCGAGAAUUCAGUCCGACAAUCUUUCACAACCUCUGUUUCCGAGAAUCAUGGUUUCCACAACAGGAUCGAGCGCCUAGACAGCCAUGUCCCUGCUUCAUCCCGGCAUACAAGGAAAAGCUCUGCGGUCGAAAUAGAGGAAGACGAUGUCGAGUCUGUCCCCCGCAAUUUUAAUCGUACAUAUGGACAAACAACUUCAUUGGGACAAACAGACGACAUUUUCACAGACGGUUUAAGCCAGGACCAGUCGAAGCUUCAGAUACAGCCCCACUAUCGGUCUGGACAAGAGGCACCUGCUGUUAUCCUGCACAUUCAAAUGUCUCUCCAUCCAAUCUCUCUCAAUUCAUACUUGAACCCUCAAGCUGCAGAAAGGUAUACCCAAGAUGGAUCGAUCUCCAGACGACAUUGCUUCCACAUCAUGCCUUCCCUGAAGCUGAUACUUGAUAUUAUCUCUGGCGUUGAAUACCUGCACUCAAAAGGAAUCGUCCACAGAGAUUUGAAGCCAGCCAAUAUUUUUCUAUGCGCACCUGAAAGCCAAGAGUUGGACUCAUGCGCUGCUUGUAGCUCCAGUGAGACCUCGCCAGUUCAUUUCUGCCGCCCACGAAUCGGCGACUUCGGUCUUGUUGCAGAUGUUUCGCACUUGGAUAAAACACCAGAAAAUGCUGUCACGCCUUUCCGCGAAGGCCCCAAAAUCCAGCGUGUGGUUGGAACAGAGUUCUAUCGGCCCCCAUCCAAAAGCCCAUCACCUGGAGGUCAAUUCGAUUACUUUGACGAGUAUAAGAUCGAUGAAAAGCUUGACGUCUAUGCGCUUGGUGUCAUCCUGUUCGAGCUUGUCUACAAGUUGAACACUAAGAUGGAGCGACAAAUCACUCUCAAUGGUCUGACACGUGGAACGGUGUCUCUCCCUGACGAUUUUGCGGCCAAAAUUCACCUUGGAGAGACGACACUCGAGACCGGAGAGACCGUUGCAGAUUUGUUAAUCGCGUGUAUUCAAGGCAUGUUGAAUCCCCGAUCACGACAAAGAUGGUCUUGCGAGGUUGCAAAAGAACAUAUACGUCGGAUUUAUAAAGCUGUUAAGAAGCUAUCUGCAUGA